AUGCAAGGAUAUUGCAUAUGCAAGCAUUUGCAAUAUGCAAGCAUUUGCAAUCCGGAUGCACCCGAACGUGUCCGGACCCGGACGAGAGCUACGGCACCCUCGGGACCGCAGGGACCGCGCCUCGUCGCGUCCGUGACCGGCUCGCGUCCGGGGCUCGUUGGAAAGUCGCGCUCGAUUGGAUGGUUCCGGAGCUUUGCGUUUUCGUUAGCGCGCACCCUCUUCACAAUCAGAGGUCGCGGGUUCGAGUCGCACUCCGCGAGUUUCGAGUUGCACACCGAAACGCGAGGAUGCGAGGACGACAGGUCGCGGGUUCGAAUCACGGGUCGCACACGAGUUGCAGGCGAGGAUGCUAGGACACGAGGACACCAGGACGUGAGGACGCGAGGAUGCAAGGGCACAUGGACGCGUGAGCGUGUGGGCAUCUGUCCAGUGCGGAUGCAACCAGAAAGGUGCAGGCGCGAGCCAACCGGACGCCUGAGCAAGUGGCGGUGGAUCGAGCAGCAGCUGCAGCGUGAUGGGCAGAUGCACGAGCCAACCGGACACCUGAGCAAGUGGUGGCGGACCAAGCAGCAGCUACUGCUCGGCGGACGCAUCCCGGAGGCUGCUCUCGCACGCUAUGAUGGUGGAGACGUGCCGGAAAUCAAUCAGGAUGGGCAGCAUCUGGAGUGGCCUACCGUGCUGGAAGCCAACAUACUGGGGCUGGGCCAUGUGCAGCAGCAGAUCUACAUGCUUAAGGUUAAGAACCGGCCGCCUGACUUGCAGCCCAUCACCGUCACAAUGCACAAGAUAGCCAUGGCGAACCCAUCACUCGAUCAGUGGGUGGACACCAUCCCAUGCUCUGCUGUGUCGUUGCCGGAGAACAUCACCGUCCUCUGCAUGGAUGUCGUCAGCAGCAAGGAGGAGCUGCUAGAAAAGCUCAAGAGCACCAAGGUGUUGUCCAUCCGAGCAGCUAAUAUUGUGGCCUGGGUCAACUACCUCAGCAACCUCACCUCCGAGAGGCAUAUCGAUGACCAAGCGAUGAAGGAGUGGCAGGCAAUGGACCCAGAGUGUCACAAGCGGACAACACACCGGAGGAUGCUGGUCUCGAGGAGCUCGGAGUUCUGGUGCCUGUUGUCCCUGACACAACUGUGCCGGGAUCAGGUGAUGAUGCACGAAACCCGGUGGAGCUACACCAUCCUGGACUACUCCCGGGAAGAUGUGCUUGCCAGCAACUUCCCCACCGCAUUUCUGUACACAAAGGGCGGCCUCCGUCCCCUGGGUAUGAGCAACCGGACCUUCUUCCAGCACGUGUCUACGCGUGUGCCACAGCGGCAACCUCCUCAUGCUCGCCCGCAUGGUGGAUGUGCUCAACAUGGAGGACGCAAAAGUGCAGACAUGGGUUACAGUGAAGUGCUGCCAGCAGGACAUCGACACGUCGCACGCAUCGACAUGACAGAUGCAUAUUACCACAACGUGCACGCCAAUCUACGUGGUGUAGCCACCGCAACCGGGCUGCCAAUCCUCAUGUUUAAUGUCAACCCCGCCGACUUGCACAGUGCGGCUGCAGUCGUGGCCGCUGGGCAGUUUCUGGAAUUUGGCGAGGAUGGUGCUCCGUUGUGGGAGGAGCGUGUCAUGGACAAGUGGUGGCGGGUGCGAAACAACCCCUACACCAGCCAAGCACUCCUCAACACGGUUAAGCUCGCCUUCAUGGACAUCCUUUUUGGUUUCAAACCUGGCGACAAGCGGCAGAGCAACCCCGACUGCUUCUGUGGCACCGUGUUCCACAUCUGCAUCUGUUACAUGGCGGCCCGUGGUGAGGAACUGCAUCUCUUCGCAGUGCCCUGCAUGAUGGCUGACUUUUGCAAUGCAACGCUCCGGUGCUGCUAUACUACACAUUCCUAA